AGGAGGAUCGCCCUCGUUCCCCGCCCGCGCGCAGCGGAUUGCGUCCUGCGGGCAACACUCGCCGGGUGGCAGGGUCUCCCCGUGGCCUAUCGAAAGCAGCCGUGAGGUCGAGGCUGUGAGGCGGGCACCCCGCCUCAGGCAGGGCGGCGGGUGAGCCUCACAGGAGGUGGGGGGCCCCAUGGGCUCGGCCCUCGACAGAGCCAGCAAGCGGGCAGACGGUUACUUACACAGGAAAUUUCAACACGAGUUUCCUCUCUACCCACCCUGCCUCCCAACUGUGGCUGCCGGCUCAGAGGUCGACCCCAGCGAAUUUGCAUUUUGCAACGGCCAUGCCCCCGUGAGACCUGCCGGGGCAGGACAGGACGGCCACGGAUCACUCAGGGCACCUCUGUCGGCCAGGCCGGCUUUUGCAAAAUGAGGACUGCGGGCUUCCCCACACCAGACGCUGAGGCACCACAGUGGGCGGCCGUCUGAGACUUCAGGGUUUAGGGUCUCUGGAGGAAGUCCGCUUGCCCUCUGUGCAAGGAAAGAGGUUCCCUGGCAGGCUGGACCCCCUCUUUGGAGAGCAGAACCCAAAGGGACCAGCGCCUCUUGAGGGUUGUGAUGGAUCGUGUCAGGGUCAGAGGAGGACGCGCGCGCGCAGCAGGUGCAGGAGCAGGAUGGAUAUGAACAUGACGCGUCCGGACAACGCCACCAUCCUGAUGCUGCGGGACCCGACCAUCGCCGUGGUCCUGCCCGUCGUGUACUCGCUGGUGGCACUGGUCAGCAUCCCCGGCAACCUGUUCUCGCUGUGGGUGCUGUGCUGUCACAUCGGGCCCAAGUCCCCGUCGGUGAUCUUCAUGAUCAACCUGAGCGUCACGGACCUCAUGCUGGCGAGCGUGCUCCCGUUCCAGAUCUACUACCACUGCAACGGGAACCACUGGGUGUUCGGGGAGGUGCUCUGCAACGUGGUCACCGUGGCCUUCUACGCCAACAUGUACUCGUCCAUCCUCACCAUGACCUGCAUCAGCGUGGAGCGCUUCCUGGGCGUGGUGUACCCGUUGGCUUCCGCGCGCUGGCGCCGGCGACGUUACGCGGUGGCCGCGUGCGCCUGCGUCUGGCUGGUAUUACUGGGCGCGCUGUCCCCGCUGGCGCGCACCGACCUCACCUACACCGUGGAGGCGCUGGGCAUCGUCACCUGCUUCGACGUGCUCAAGUCCACCAUGCUGCCCAGCGUGGCCAUGUGGGCCAUCUUCCUCUUCACCCUGUUCAUCGUGCUGUUCUUCAUCCCGUUCGUGGUCACCGUGGCGUGCUACACGGCCACCAUCCUGACCCUGCUGCGCUCGUCCGACGUGCACGGCCGCGGCCAGCGACGCCGCGCCGUCAGCCUGGCCGCCGUGGUUCUGCUGGCCUUCGUCACCUGCUUCGCGCCCAACAACUUCGUGCUGCUGGUGCACAUGGUCAGCCGCCUGUUCCUGGGCGGCUCCUACUACCACGUGUACAAGCUCACGCUGUGUCUCAGCUGCCUCAACAACUGCUUGGACCCCUUCGUGUACUACUUCGCGUCCCGCGAGUUCCAGGAGCGGCUGCGCAGGUACUUGGGCUACGGGCGGCUGCCGACCGGGGGCCGGGACGCGCGCCGGGACACCCUGUUCUCCGCUCGGACGCUGUCGGCGCGCUCCAUGUCAAGCGGCCCCGGCGACGGGCUCGACGCGCCCAGCCGGCCCUCCCUCAAAAGGCAGGAGAGCGUGUUCUGAGCCGCGCCCCCCCCGCAGUGCGCGCAGUAGAGAGGUGCGGGACGAAGGGGCGGUGCUCUUCCCCGCCCGCCUGCCCCCUGCAGCCGCUGCUACUGCGUCCGUGCGCAUGGACAGGGUCCCCGGGGGGGGGGGUGCUCGAGUCGGGUGCCCCAACACAGCCGCAGGGUGCAGGGACGCAGCGUGCCAGGCGCACUGGCCCUGCUCCCUGAGGGUGACCACCCAACCCGACCUGGCCGAGCGCCCAGCCAGCCCAGCUGAGUCCCCAUCGACCCGCAACAUCCGCCUGCCUGGUUCUCUGUGCCUCUCGCUCGGGGACGCCAGUGACACCUGAUGCUCCCCAGCCUGGCACAGCUUGGACUUGGUGCUCACACCGCCCUCGGUCACUGUGCGCGCUGGGAUUCACCCCAGCGAGGCUGCCCCCGGCUGGGUCUUGCAUCCUGCUCCCAGUGGAGAACCCCGAGUCACAGGCAAGGCCUCCCACGUGUGAAGUUGGCCUCGUGUACCUGGCCUGACCCAGGCACCCAGCAAGACGGCGGACUGCACAAGCCUGUGGGAAGACCAGAGCCCAAGGCUCCUUUGUGCCUACUGGCCGCCUGAGCACACGGGCAGGGGCUUCCUUAUCUCCUCCUGAGCCCAGGACACAGCUGUGCCAGCCCCAAGAUGCACGGUGCUUCGGGAAGACAAGGAACCGCAUCCCCACGGGGUCCGGGAUGCCAAAACAGUGCGUUUCCAGAGCCUGAGAUUUGCCUGAAACAGCAAAGUUUCUGAUACUCUCUUCAUCACAAGGCGAUGCAGGGUUUCGGGCUCAGGGGCCUUCCUGGGGCAACGGCUGCGGGGCAGGCAGCCUCCCCACAGGAGGUCCGAGAUACAGGUGGAGAUUGAUAGCUGCCGUCCAGGGGCCCCUGGGGGCACCUGCUCCUGCCAUCACUGCUUUGGAAGGAAAACAGACACACCUGUCCUAGAGCGAAUAGUGACCCCAAACCCGUGUGCACCCAGGACCUCGGGGUGUGAUCUCCUGGAUCGGGGUGGCCCUAAAUCCAAUGACAGGUGCGCUUAUUAACAAAAGAGGAGACAGAGAUACAGAGGAGAAGCCGCGUGAAGAGAUGGGGUAGGGGUGGAACGUGGCCACCAGCCCAGAGACGCCUGGAGCCCCAGAAGCUGGGAGGCAGGAAGGACCCUCCCCUGGAGCCUCUGGAGGGAGCUUGGCCCUGCCCCGCCUGGAUCUCAGCAGCCCUGCCCCGCCUGGAUCUCAGCGGUCCUGCCCCGCCUGGAUCUCAGCAGCCCCUCCGACUCUGGGAUGAAUCCCCUGUGGAUUUAAGUCUCCAGCUUGCACAGAGAAGGCCGGAGUCCCAGCUGGAACUCUCACCCACGGGCUCCUCAGUCCUCAAGACCACGUGGCCGAGAGGUGACCUCUCCCCUUGUCGAUGCACACAGUGACGUGCACGCAUGGAAUCCGAAAAUGAUGCAGGUGGCCGCCCUUCACGGAGGCACCCGCUGCACGCAGUAACUGGAGAGGCACGCACGGUUCCGGCUUCUGGUUAUGUGCUGUGGAUCUCAGAGGUCAGUGUAUAAACUGUGGACCCCGAUACCAGCCUGGGGGGCUCCAGGCCCCCUUCCCUGUGCGUGGUCCUAGAAUCAAACCCAGGUUCCUAGCUUUGCCCGGUGCCCAUGCAUGUCUGGUGGGGGCAGAGGCACGUGCAGGUGGAAAGCAGGUGAGUGCAUGCUAUGCUCGCCCUCAGGAACUGAGAGUCAGCCUUGGGGGUCCCCCUCAACACCCCCCACGCCACGCCGGGGUCGCGUAUCAUCCUUGCCCACUGCCUUGCAGCUAGAACGUCCCCACAGGGGACAGUGUCCGAGCAAAUUGGUCCCGAAUGCCCAGCUGUGUGCACCGAGUUCAGAGCCACCGUAGGGACCCUUCAGAGAGACCCCUUGAGACUUACCUGGUGAAGGAUUUACCUGGGGGAGGCACAGGUGACUCCAAGAAGGCCGGCAUCAGGAACCCGAAUUCUGCAGGGAAGGAGCCACAUCCCCCAUCUCUUCCAGACUCUCCCAAACCCAAACCCUAGAAAGCAAUGUCGAGGCAGUAGGAUCCAGACUCGGAAAUCCUGAGCCAGCAAGACGCCCCCACCCACACUCUGGGCGUGGGCCUCGGGGCGUCUGAUGCACAAAAGCUGUGAAAACCUCAAACCAGCCGCACAGAACACCUUGGCGGCCCACGAGAAGCUGCACACCUUGAUUCUGGAGGAAGCCUGUGUACAUAAUAUCCUCCUCCACAGGAUGUCAGGGCCUGGAGCCCUCGGGUGACAGAGGGGACUGUCUCCGGUGUCACUGUCCAGUAAACGGGCAGCACGUCAGCAUGGGGCGUUAGCGGGGGGAAGGAGGCAGCCCCAUGGGGUCUUUCCCAUUGCUGGGAAUCCUAGUGCACAGGUCCCAGCUUCAUGCCAUGGUGUCUGUCCUAUGGCCUGAAAUGCCAGGGCUGCUCUUGCUUCUGGUUCAACAUGCGAAUAGUGUAGUGUGCCGUGCGGGUCUCUGUGUGUGUGUUCCCCAGAAACUCAACCUGUUCACCUGCUAAGUAGCAAAUAAAAGUAUACACGUGUGUGGGUACGUACGGAUGUGAGCUUUUUCAAAAGAUGUGAUACCGGGAUUCAGCUCCUGGCUGCACGUGGAGAGGCAGAGGCACCCCGAGACUUAUGAUCCUUGAUGCCAACCCUGAUUUUUCCCCGUGCAGAAGGUGAACGCAUUGCUCAUUCUGACCUCUG